AUGCGAGUGACGCAUUCGGAUGGAAGCUCGGAGCGGGAUCGACCUCGGGAUGAUCUCCACCCUUCUUCUUCACACUCCAACACCUCCAAUUCAAGUCAAUAUUAUUAUGAUUUGAACCUGGGACGUGAAGUCUACUCUUCGAGCCUGGCAAGGAGAAUGCAAUUCGCCGUACCUCCGCGGAGGAGUCCGCUCCCAAUCGCGCGAUCAUCGCGAGUACAGCCCUACCGAAGAAAGCAGCUCAAGACAAUCGCCAUCAUCGGCUUCGGUCUCCUCUCCCUCUUCUACCUGUUACACCAUUUCUUCUCCUCAUACUCGACAUCUCCCGCGGUAUCAGGCACCUCAGGCGUUGUCAUCGUCACUGUACUUGAUCGCAAACAGUUUAGUGAGAGCUAUGUGAAGAAGAUCAUCGCAAAUCGGGAAGACUAUGCAAAGCGCCAUGGGUAUACAACCUUCUUCGCCAACACAGCCGACUACACCGAAGCAAUCGGCGACGCCCCCCAAAGCUGGGCCAUAGUCCCCGCUGUGCGCCACGCCCUAGCAACACACCCCAAAGCAGCAUACAUCUUCCACCUCAGCCCACACUCACUAAUCAUGAACCCGAGCAAAUCCCUCAAAUCCCUCAUCUUCGAGAAAGGCCGACUAGAAUCACUCAUGUUGAAGGAUACACCUAUCGUCCCACCCGAUAGUAUCAUCAAGACAUUCACUCACCUCCAAGAGAAAGAUGUGGAUCUGAUCCUCACGCAAGACAAGGAAGACCUCAAUCCUGGCAGCUUCAUUUUGAGGAAUGGAGAGUUUGCACGCUUCUUCCUUGAUAUUUGGUUCGAUCCAUUGUAUCGCAAUUAUAAUUUUGCCAAGGCUGAGGUUCAUGGUUUGGAUCACAUCAUGCAAUGGCAUCCGACUGUUCUUGCGCGCACGGCCUUGAUACCCCAGCGUGUGUUAAGCUCUUAUGGAAAGGAUUCCUUGGCCGCAUCUUUGGAUGGGGUUUAUCAGGAUGGUGAUCUUGUUGUUCAGUUCCAGGGCUGUGAGGAUGUUGAAAGUGGUCGUGACUGUACGUCGGAAUUCGAGCCCUACUUUAAGGUAUGGCUGAAGAAAGUCAAGAGCGACUAA